AUGCCGACAAAGCCCACCUUCGAGUCUCUCCCUCUUCACCCCGAUGGCCCCCGAGGCAACGCCUGGGGUCUCUUUGGAGAUAAGGACCAGAUGGGUAUGUUGAACUUGCUCACCCCAGAAAAUACCGCGGCCGCAGCCAAAGAGAUUGUCGAAGGGGUGCGCGUGUCCACCGAUUGGCCGCUCAAUAGUAUGAUCGCCCCGUGUUUUGGGCGGUCGGCAUUUCAGCAUACGAUUAAGAACAAGGCUCCUCGCCCAGUAAAUGAUGAUAUCCUGGUCUUGAAUACACAGAGUAGCUCCCAGUGGGAUGGUUUCCGGCACUUUGGGGCCAAGGAUGGAUCUUUUUACAAUGGAUGCUCCCAGCAUGAUAUCGAGAGCUCGACUCGGAAUGGAAUCCACGUCUGGGCGGAUAACGGCGGUAUCGUCGGACGUGGAGUAUUGCUCGACUACGCGACAUGGGCCGAAGCCAAGGGAAAGCCGGUAAACUGCUUCGAGGCCCAGUCGAUCCCGCUCGAUGAUCUGCUAGAGGUGGCUGCUAGUCAGAAGACAACAUUUCGCCCCGGUGACAUUUUGUUUAUUCGGACCGGCUGGACCCGUGCGUAUGAGAAACUCUCUCAAACAGAGUGUGAGCAACUCGCCAACUACGCGGCACCUCCAGUGAUCGGGGUCAAGUCAUCGGAGGCCAUUCUUCGCUGGAUAUGGGAGAGUGGGUUUGCCGCUGUUGCCGGUGACCAGCCCGCAUUCGAAGCGUACCCAUGUCAGGAUUCAGACUUCUUCCUGCAUGAGUGGCUGCUGGCGGGCUGGGGACUGCCAAUCGGCGAGCUCUUCGACUUGGAACGACUCGGUCGGGAAUGUCGUCAGCGUGGAAGGUAUACAUUCUUCUUCAGCAGUGUUCCAUUGAAGGUCCCUGGGGGAGUGGCGAGCCCUCCGAACGGGGUGGCUAUUUUCUGA